CCCUUUUUCAAUUCACGUGAUUCUCGUACGGUGUAGACUGUACUCACAGUCGGUCGAGAGUCGUCCCGGAAAGACCCUUGUGUCCACCUUGGUACGACGUGGUACGUACUAGGAAGAGAGUAUUGCGGCAGCAGUCAUGGAGACGACGUCGGAAGAAGGAACGCGGGUAUACGACCGAGAGGAAGAGUAUCUGGCAGCCCAACGAGCCGCCGUGGAAUCCUUGCAGAUCGGCCGUGAUACGCUGGAACAAUCGCAGGUGCAAGGCGAGCAAUUGAGUCGAUCGGAGGCACUGGCGGAUGAAACACAGUACAAGCUCGACAAGGCGGGACGUAUUUUGCGAGGCAUGACCUGGAGUGGAUGGCCAACGCGUUUACCAGAGGGUCGGGACCGCCCCCGUCCGACACGUUGACGAAAGCGCAAAGAAUUUCGCGGCUACCACCGGCCGUAUACGAGAAUGUGCCCGCACCUUGUCGCGACGCGGCGCAAACAGUGCAGAACUAUCACGCGAACGUCAAAGUCUUGGAAGAGUGUGAAACCUACGAACAGAAAAAUACCUGCCAGCAGAUAUGUGAUAAUAUGUACCAAGCCGCUCAAGCAGAAAUGGCCAAGCUAAAGAGCCACCCGCAAGUCGAAGCGUACCGGUUGCAGUUUGAAUCCGAUUUAGAACUGCUCCAAGAACGACAAGGCAAGCAAUUGCGGUCUCCGAUGCGCUCCGCCACGGAGAAUUCUGGGAACCACAAAGAGGAGUUGCUGUCGAAUCAUAAGACUACCGUGAUGAAUUUAACAGCGUCUCGGCCUCAACCCUCGCCUUGUGAUAUUGUACGACAGCGGCAAGACCAACAUUUGGAUACCAUUUCGCAAAGUCUCGGCGAGCUCGGUAGCAUCGCACAAAAUUUGAAGCAAUCCUUUCAGCAACAGAACGAAACGAUCGACAAGCUGGACACAAAAUCGGACAACAUACUCGAAAAGAGUAAAAUGGUGACACGAAGGGCCGAUCGCAUCAUUCAAAAGAAAUCAUGGACCCCCGUCAAGCCCACUUUUGCCUGCAUGGUUACCAUACGGCACGUCUCGAGCGGUAAAUACCUGGCCGUUGCCGAUACUGACCUGAAUUUGGUCCCGAAACGACACCCCGAAACCUGCGUUUUUGCUUUGUGGAAGCGACAAGGAGAAAUUUUUGGUUUGAAAAACAAAUUCAAUAACAAAUGGGUUGGGCAAAACCUGUUUGGAUCUCUAGCUUGCUCCGCCAGUAGUUUUGGCCGAAGGGAAGAGUGGGAAGCGGAAGAGGAUUGGACGAAUUCGAGAAUUUUGUGUGCCUCGGCCGGAUGGGGAGCCGGCGGCUACCUCAACGUACGUCCGACGGAUCACGGCAUCGUCAUUGGAGGCUACGGGUUCGAGGAGCGUAAAAAGGCCGAUGCUUGGAGCAUCGUAGAACUCACAGUAACAUAGCAUUGUCGAACUAACCU